UCCAGAUUAUCCAACAACCAAAAUUUGUAAAAAAGAAAUCGGUGGUGGGGGCGGGCUGCUGCUCACACUCUCUUCUGCCGCAGUAUGUGAGUUGUUUUCAGAGAUGAGCCUUCAAGACUUUCAUGGUUCAAAGGAAACAAUGGCAGCAGAGAAAGCCAGCGAAAACAACUCAAGACUAAAGGACUUCUCUGCCACUACACCAGCAGUGCGACAAUUCAUGGAAUCUCACACCUGGGCGAGCAGCCCUACGACUACCACUGCAGAAGAGGUAUCUGGUCCCUGCUGGUGCUCCAUGGCAAGCAGCCUCUUCCUACUCAUUUACUUUCAUGUCGAGCGCUACGCGUCCCGACCCUUCGUCACUAUCGUUAAUGCGCAUGUCAGGGAUUCGCUUCCGUUUCCAGCCGUCACCAUUUGCAACCUGAAUCAGUUUCAUCGAGAAAGAGUCCCGCGCAACGAUCCACGUGUUGUGGAUUUGCUUCGCAAUUUGAGCGCGAUCAAAUCUCUAGCGAAGGUCGUGGAUCUUCCACCAGUGCCACGUGACCAGUUUCCUCUCACAGGCGAACGUUUGAUGGAGAUUGCAGUGAACGCCUCUCACAAACUAAACGACUUGUUCAUGGUCUGUAUCUGGAAGACGCAGCCCAUAGCGUGUGACCUCCUGUUCCAUCGUACACUAACCGACCUUGGCUUCUGCUUCACCUUCAACUCUCACCUUAGCGGCGACCGCUUCAAUGCCACGGACUCCAGACACACAAGUGGACUGCAACUGCUACUCAACAUCGAGCAGGAUAAAUCCUACUACUCAAAGUUUAGCAUCGCAGGGGUAAAGGUACUGUUUCACGAGCCAGAAGAGGUACCCCUUUUAAUAAAUAAGGGUAUCGUGGUUGGGCCAGGUACCUUCACGGCUGUCGCUAUGAGGCGGGAGAAGAUCCGCAGACUGCCGCCACCGUUCAAAGCUUUUGGGCAGUCAUAUUGUCUGGACACCAAAAGGGACGACUACAAGUCACCUUUGACCCGGUAUCAGAAUUACUCUUACACGAAAAGCGCCUGCUGGCAGAACUGUUUUGCCGGAAGAAUGGCUAAACAAUGUGGCUGCAGAUACUUUUUUGAACAGGGUGAUGAUCCGCUCUGUUCAAUCGACGACCUGGAAGAGUGCUACCUUCCUUACUCAGAACAAAUAUCCAUGGAGGACAAUGAAAACUGUAACUGUUCUACCCCGUGUGAAGAGGUCCACUACUUGUCUUCUCUGUCGUCAACGGUUCUGGCAUCCACCUUCGUGGUAAAGCAGCUGAUCAACUCCAGCAUCAUAAAGAAGAAGGCUUCCAUAAGAGACAACUUCAUCCAUCUGGAGAUACAUUACGAAACUUUGACUGAGAGCGAAAUCUACCAGAAAGAGGAAAUGACAGUGAUGAGUAUCUUGGGGGACGUUGGAGGACACAUGGGCCUGUGCAUGGGUGCCAGCUUCUUGUCUGUUAUCGAGCUGCUGGAGGUGGGGCUUCUUUUCGUCUGCAGAUGUCUUUGCAGCCUCAUCCCAGGCUUUAGGGCCAAGGGUUAGCCUCCCGCCCUCCAGUAGACACCAAACAUUCAAGAUGCUCCACAGGAAACUCGGAGUGCAUGACAUGUUGAUGAUGCUCCACAGAUCCUUCGGGGAUGUUUUCCUUGCUUGUUUGUGCUAAAUUUACUGUUUGUGCCUACCAUGUGACAUGUGGAGAGCUUUGCUGAUGCAGUGCCUGUGGCGAACUGUCCUGUAUACAGAGGCCGUUUGUUCCCUGCUCCCUUAGGUACGGACUGGUGCAUCUACCAUCUCGAACAAGUAGGCUAUGAUCGUGCGGACAUUAUUAUUAUUACAUACUGUUCCCUACUUUCCUCUACUGACUCAUUAUCUCUCCUUCCUCACUUCUGCUGAAAUAUACUCGCUCACCUGUUUCUUAAAAACACAAUGGAAGGUAAAAAAUUGAUGACAUUUCUCCACUUCUUGUUUUAGACAGAGGCUCUCGUCUUCAGUCUUCGCGUGUUCUGCUGCAAGGAAUUCUAGUAUGUGCAGGGGCACCAAAGAUAGCAUUUAAGAUCCGGUAUGAACACUACACAGACGUAAACAUUGAACUGCAGAAUUUAUGUAGCUUCCGGUUAAUAAAGGUCCGCGCUUGUGGUUUGCCAUAACUUGUUUGUUAUGUUAUUAUUGUUUGUGCUUUAGAUGCUUCACGGCAUUUCUGAAUUGUUUUAUGUGCAUAGAA